AUGCUGCGGAAGAAGCAACGCACCUCCUCCUUGCGGAAGGUGGCAUUGCGGGAUAUCCCUACCUGGCACAAAGCAGGAUCAAAACAUGAGCCUGAAGUACUGUGGGAAACCACGAAGAAGACGGAAGACCCGACCUAUCUACUGGCAUCCCGGCACCAUACCCUGCGAUUAGCUUCACAAUUACAAAAAAGGUCACAACAACAGCCGGAAAAGAGGAAAGGGACCCCCCCAAAAGCGAUCAAGGAACCGACCUGCCUGCAUGCAGCUUGGAGCUUUGCCAUGCAGGACUGCCACUCAUACCUGGACUGUAUCCAGCACCCAAUAGGUAUUGGCUGA